AUGGGUUCGGGCAAGGAUACUCCCAUUGAGCUUGAGUUUGUCUCAACGGAGCAACCAGGCUCCAAAUCAAAUCCUGAAGAUGGAGACAUUGCCCUUGGAUUUCUUCAAACUCAUGCUCAGGAAUAUACCAAGGAGGAUGAACGUCGCGUGAUGCGAAAGGUAGACAUGAGAAUGGUCACAAUCAUGCUCGUGAUCAAUGGUAUCCAAUUUGUGGACAAAAAUACUCUAUCCAGUGCUGGGACCUACGGGAUUGAGACCCAAGCGCAUCUGGUGGGACAAGAAUUUAGCCUGCUGGUCACCAUUUUCUACAUUGGCUACCUGAUCGCCCAGUACCCAGCCAAUCUCAUUAUGCAACGCUGGCCAAUCGGGAAGGUCCUGGUGGUUAACUUUGUGCUAUGGGGUAUCACAUUGGCGGCGACUGGUUCCGCAACCAACUUUCAUUCACUGGCGGCGGCUCGGUUCUUCCUCGGCGUCUUUGAAUCCUGCCUGAAUCCUGGAUUUGUCCUAAUCACCUCGGCGUGGUGGAAGCGAGAGGAACAGCCAGCCCUGGUCGGUCUUUGGUACAGUGCCAAUGGCUUUAUUGGUGCUCCAUCGGGCCUGAUAUUUUGGGGUAUUGCGCACAUCAAUGUUGAUGGCAUGUUUGCAUACCAGUGGAUGUUCAUUAUCUUCGGUUGUGUCACCGUGCUUUUUGGAAUUAGCCUCUGGUGGCUAUUGCCCGACUCCCCUAUGACAGCAGGAUUCUUGACCGAGCGCGAACGCUACAUCGUGGUUCACCGCAUGAGCUCUAACAGAACUGGCGUCAAGAACACCCACCUGAAGAGGGAACAAAUCAUGGAGGCUCUCUUAGAUGUCAGGAUCUGGCUGCUGGUUUUCGCAAUCUUCGCCCACAACAUGACAAACGCAUUGCAGACAACUUUCAUGGGUAUCAUCAUCAAGGGUUUUGGCUACAGCACCUACCAAGCAGUGUUGUUGAAUAUCCCACCAUCCGUUAUUAUGGGUGUGGCCAUGGUCACCAUCAGCUUCACUCUCUCCACCAAGUGGGGUGAGGGCAAACGAAUCUUAUUCAUCAUUCUCUGCUACAUUCCAGGGAUCAUCUCGACUGCAAUGCUUUUUAGCCUUCCCUUCAAUGCUAAGCACGCCCACCUCGGCGCCGUUUACAUCGUACCUUUUGUGGCCGUGGCGGCAGGUAUCAUGUAUUCAUUGCUUGCUAGUAAUGUGGCAGGCUACACAAAGAAGGUCUUCACUGGUGCCCUUUUCUUCAGCUCAAACUGUGUGUCCAAUAUCAUCUCUCCUCAGGUCUUCUUGACUCGCGAGGCACCGUACUUCCAUACUGGUAUUGCGACAUGCUUGGCGGCAUUUUCGAUCAACAUCCUUGUGUUUUCGUUGCUAUACUACUUGUACUCGCGGGAGAAUAAAGCCAGAGACAAAGAUUUUGAGGGUGUGAUUAUGGAACACGAGGAUCUCAACAACGCGUUUUCCGAUCUGACGGACCGAGAGAAUAAAAUGCUGAGAUACAAGCUAUGA